AUGUCUCCUGCGCGGGAUCAGACCAACGACUGCUACAGUAUCGCUGACUUCGAGAUUGGCAAGCGGCUCUUCACGACUUAUAUGGCUAUACAGUUAGUCGUGACCUCACCUGAAGGCAGAGAAGGUGCCGAUUUGUCCCAGUUGGACGCCCUAAUCACUGGCUAUCCCUUUAAAGAAGCUGUUGCCGGUUUGGUAAAAGCUGGCUUGGAUAUUCCCCGGACGAAAUUGGUCUGCGAUGAGACCUAUCAGGACAUCCUUUAUAAAAUUAUCGGACGAACCAGACUGGGUGACUCGCACUCAAAAGAAUCCUUGCCCACAUUGUGGAAGGAACUCGCGUCGUUGGACUCAUCGACUGGUGGGGUAGACUUCACGGUCGAUGACCUUACUCAACGGGUAGAGGAUGGGUUUAGCACCAGUCCCCAGGACUCAGAGGCUGACAUUUGGAAAUAUACAUCUCGCCUGUGGGAGGAUGCACAGUUCAAGGGAGUGGAGGCACCCAAGGUGAGGGAAACUUGCAUCAGCAACUUCCCAACCAAAUUUCGUGUCACCAUUCGACACCGUGGAGUGGAAGCCUCUGGCGAGGGUAGGAACAAGAAAGCAGCGCGUCAUAUUGCCGCCAAACGUGUUUGCCAGAAACUCAACAUUCGGCUAGCCUAG